GUUUUUCCUUUUCCUUUUUUUUUUAAACACAGAGCUUUAAACGGAGAGCAAAAUGUCGUUUCAGCUUCACAUGGUCGCUGUCGAUCUGGUUGCUGCUGGCAUUGUUGCUCUCCUUAUCCUUUUUCUGGCUGUGUACGUUGUGUGCCGGUACAGUGCAGAGGAGGAAGACGGCGACGCGUGGCUUCCGCGGGCACUCGUCGUCCUGACACUUAGCGUGGCGUGCUACAUGGUACUGCUGCUUCCGUUGGAGGUAGCACUUAAAAAUGAGGAGCCGGCGCUCAGUUUGUUGUGGGCGUGGAUAGGAAUGCUUUCUGCUGCUUACUUUCUGCUGUUUGUUGGAGGCCCGUACGCUUUUGUGUUCUACGAGAGCUGGUCUCCGCACCAGUCCAGCGUGUGGGACCAGGUACGGCCUGCGCUGGGGAUGGUGGCGGUCGUGAACGGAGUGUUUCUUCUUUGUUUCGGGGCGCUGUGGCUGUGGGGCAGUCACGUCGACCGAAAAGACGGCACCCUCACGCACGUGAUGCCGUUUGAGUACUUCGCUGCGACGGCCUCCAGCGUUGGCUGGGCGGUCUUCUUCAUCUUCGCCGGCGUAGGGCUCGCCGCGGUACCGGUGCAGGGGGUGGCAAAUUUCCUGCAUCGCCCACGACCCAUCACGCAUACCGAGUACGAGCUGGCAAAGGUGAAGCUGAGCAUGGAGGUGCAGCACCUCCUCCGUCGCGGCCGCCAGUUGGAUGCGGAGGUCGGGGGUGGGCGCCCGACGCAUCGACAGCGUCAGCGGAUGCUGAUGUUCAAGCGCGAGGUUCGCGAUGCGGAGCUGCAGAGCGAGCGCAACGAGAUCGCGUUUCGUCUUUCCGGGUCGGUCAUUUUGCGGUAUUACUUGAUGGCAGCGUUGAGCGUCGUCAACAGCGUGGUGACCCUGCUCUGGGUGCUGCACAUUUUUAUGUGGAACGUGCUCCAGGUGUACCCGCUCCUCGACCGUAUGCUUGUGUGGCUCGAUCAUCUUCUCCCCAUGCUGGCCACACUCGUGUACGCGUAUUACGCCUUGUACAUAAUGUGGUGCACCCUUGCCGGCUGCACCACAGUGAGUGGUAACCUUCUUGUAUCUGUGGUGUACCCACUUCGUGUGCGUGGCACCAUGCUGAACGCCCUUCUUUUUAAUGCACUGCUCGUGCUGUGCGCCAGCUUCGCCGUGCUGCACCUGUGUGCGGUGAGCUUCUCCACCUAUGCUGCGACAACAACCAUGCACCGCGUCUUUGCCGUCACCAUUGCACACAUGUACGGGAUUCAGUACGUCUCGCUGUACCUCCAGUACGCCCUGCUGUCUGUGUUUGUUCUCUCGAUCCCAUGGCUGCUGUUUUGCCCGCAGUGUAUGUCAGGAGAAACGAUUGACGAGGACGAGGUUGACUCUCUCAUCUAG